AUGUCCACCACCAUAACAUCUCUUCCCCGUGAAGAACCGGUCUCUAUCCCACUUACUUCUACAUCACAUCCGGACGACCCUAUCCCGGAAGAACCUACAUCAAUUCCUCAUUUGACGAUUCUACGACGCUCGAUAACCGGCGCAUCAGACUCUCAAUCCUCGGCAACGUCCGUAACCGCUGCAUCUGAGACCUCUGUGGACUCAGAUGCCCCUCUCACACCCAUAACAGAGCCUUCCAGUGACACUGCGCUAGACGAAGCGUUCGGUGAUGGCAAAGAACUCGGAGCAGCGCCACAGCGUCGAAGGCGGGCAUCGACCGUCUUAAUAUCCCAGAAUUCAGAAGACGUUCAGAGGAUACUCGGCGACAUCCCGAGUGGGACCAAUCUCUUAGGGAAGAUAUGUUGCGGAGGAGGAUGCUGCAAGCUCGAACCACUGAAACAUUUGAUACCCUCCCUAGCAGUCAACCCUGUUCUUAGGCCCAAGAACGCUGCCUUUGAGAGCCUUCGACUCUACUUGGGCGAACUGUCUCUCGAUAGCAAGCUUACCAAAGUGGCUCCCCUUCCGGAAAAUACUGUUUCCUUCUCUUCCGUAUCAAUUGAGUCUGUAGGCAAAAAACUCGGGCCAUCAGACCAUCCUCCGCAAUUCCUCCAACCACACGCGCCCUACGAAGUGUAUCGUGCGCCGCUUCAUCACGCACGAGAGCUGACCAGACCCGGGGCUGAAAAGCGAACGUACCAUUUCGAUAUUGACGUUACAGACUACCCAGUUGAAGGUGGGAAUGUCGACUUCGUUGUUGGGGGCGCAAUUGGUGUUUGCCCAAGCAACCCUGAGAGCGUCGUCGACGGCGUGUUUAACCGUCUCGGUGUCCCCAAGUUCGUACGAGACAAAAAGAUAACACUUCACACAACCCAUGGACGAUGGCCGACAAUAUGGGGAGACGAAAAGCCUCGAGACCUUUUGACUACCAGACGAGAACUACUCUCUUGGUGCUCAGACCUACAAAGUUACCCUCCAACAAAACCGCUCCUGCGACUACUGGCCGAAUACGCUUCAGACGAGAACGAAAAGAAGAUAUUAAUGUAUCUCUGUUCUGCCCAGGGCCAGGGCGCAUUCUGUGAUCUCCGCACUGGCCCUUACACCACCGUCUUGCAGCUCCUCGAUGCAUUCCCUUCCUCCUAUCCUCCCCUAGACCAUCUUCUCUCUACCUUGAACACACUUAUGCCACGCUUUUACUCCCUUUCCCAGGACCCUAUGAUCCAGCGUACCGUUGACGGAACGGAAUCACGGCGUGUCAUCGAGAUUGCCGUCACCGUUCACGAGUGCCCUGACUGGCAAGGGGGCCACCGCACUGGCACUGGAUCUGGCUUCUUAGAACGCAUAGCUCGAAAGCUCUUAGCAGCCGAGAAAGAAGGAAUUGAUCCAGCCAGCCUGGACUUGCACGUCCCUAUGUUCCGUGGGUUGAUGUCCAACCCACUCGCAAGGAAGUUUGUAUCAGACGGUCCCAUGCUCCUGAUCGGGGCUGGUGUCGGUGUUGCUCCAUUCCGCGGCUUCGUUCAGAGUCGUCUCAGAUCAGCCAACUGUGCAAACAAAGUCUGGGUACUCCAAGGAGUUCGCGACUCGUUGCUUGAUGAACUGUACUCUGGGGAAUGGGGAGUUCAUGAGGACGAGGUCAAGAAGGUGGUUCAGAGCAGACGAGGCGAAGGCAGAUAUGUUCAAGAGGAAGUGCGGCAUCAAGCUGACCUUGUCUGGUUCGUGAUCAACUCCCUUGAUGGCCGUGUGUUUGUCUGUGGAAGCAGCAAAGGGAUGGGUGAAGGUGUUGAGGCUGCCUUAAUCGACGUCGCAAUUGCCAAAGGGAACUUGAACCCUGACCAGGCUAGGAUAUUCUGGGAUGAGAAGAAGGAAGCUGGUCAAUACAUUGCGGAGACAUGGUGA